AUGGCAACUUCUGAGGCUCAAGAGGCAAUAGCUCGAGAGCGGAUAGUGAAGCACAUGAAUGGGGACCACCAGGACUCGAUUCGUCGCUAUAUCGAACAUGCCUCAGGAAUUUCCUCAUAUCAACUUCGGGGCGAUACCCAAAUGGCCAACAUUGCCCUCGACAAGAUGGAUCUAACCUUUGGCGAUACCCAGAUUGCCGUUCCAUUUGAUCCGCCCCUUAAGUCUCUCCGCGAAGCCCGCGAGCGUCUCAUUCAAAUGGACCAAAGCGCCCUCAAAGCCCUAGGCCGCAGCCAAAUUAGUGUAACAAGAUACAUUCCGCCACAUGUACACUUUUUCCAUUUGGUCAAUUUUAGUGUAUGUAUUUUGACCUAUGCUGCCUUCUGCCGGCCCUCCAAUUUCAAACCGGAUUCGCUUCUUUACGACCACCUACUGUAUAAGACCCCGGCGUUUGCUGCCUUCUGCUUAACGAUCCAGCCAAUCUUGCUCACCAUCAUGGCGGCAAUUCAUAUGGUCGAGGCUGGAUUGAUGGUUAAGAAAAUGGAGAAGCAUUCUGUGCUGCCAUUCUCGGGCGUUUGGUGGUGUUGGGUGUGUAGCUGCUUUGUGGAAGGUGUCACGAGUUUCAAAAGGUUGGAUGAGCUGGUUGACAACAGGAAGAAGGAGAAAGAGGCCAAAAGCCAUUGA